GUCAGACAUGGCUCGUCCUCCCUGGGAGAAUCAGACAGCCAUUGUGGAAUUUGUGCUCCUGGGCUUUUCAACCCUUCGGCAGCUGAACCUUGCCCUUUUCACCACCUUUUUGGCUGCCUAUGUCUUCACUGUCACUGGGAAUAUGCUCAUCGUUCUCCUUGUUCUGCUCGACCACCAUCUUCACAUCCCCAUGUACUUUUUCCUGGUAAACCUUUCCUUCCUGGAGAUCGGGUACACCUCGAACAUUGUCCCAAAGAUGCUGGAGAGUCUCUUAGCUGGGCAGAGAGUCAUAUCAGUGGCUGGCUGCCUCACGCAGUUUUAUUUCUUUGGGUCCCUGGCAGCCACAGAGUGCCUCUUGCUGGCUGCCAUGGCCUACGAUCGCUACCUGGCUAUUUGCCGGCCUCUUCACUACGCCGUCCUCAUGAACGCCCAAGUCUGCCUCGGGCUGGCCGCGGGCUCCUGGGUCGGGUGCUUCCUCCUCACAGCCUUCUCCAUCGUCCUGCUGUCCAGGCUGACUUUCUGUGGACGCAACGAGAUCGAUCACUUCUUCUGCGACUUCGCUCCCCUCGUCCGGCUCUCCUGCACAGACACCUCCUUGACAGAGACCCUGGCCUUUGCCACCUCCUCUGCGGUGACAUUGGUCCCUUUUCUCCUGAUCAUAGCUUCCUACUCCUGCAUCCUCGCCACCAUCCUGAGGAUCCCCUCCAACGCUGGCCGCCACAAGGCCUUCUCCACCUGCUCCUCCCACUUCACCGUAGUCACCAUGUUCUAUGGGACACUAAUCGCCACAUAUCUUGCCCCCUCAGCCCAUUCAUCCCAGUUUCUCCGCAAAGUGUUAUCUCUGCUCUACACCAUCCUGACCCCUAUGUUCAAUCCCAUCAUCUAUAGCCUGAGGAACAGAGACAUCCACGAGGCCCUGAAGAGAUAUCUGAGCAGAAAUUCACUUCAUUGAGGCUACAGAAACAGAUGUUUGUCCAGGAAUGGUAUCCCAUGAAGGGCCUGGGGCUUCAAACAAACAAAACAAGACCUGUUUCUCGAAUAACAGAGUAUAUGAAUUCUUUAUAUGUAUGUGCACAUACUUAGAUAUACACACAUAUCUAUUUAUAGUUUGCUUUGGAGAUUUUAGGAAGUUCUAGGGAAUUCCCUACCUCCCAAUGUGGUUGGUCCACUCCAUAUUUGGCCAUUUAAUUGUUAGGAAGACCUUAGGGCAGUCAGGUGGUACAGUGGAGAGAGCAUCCUCCUUGAGUUCACAUCUGAUUUCAGACACAAACAAGCAAUGUGAUC